AAAGAGUCUAGAGAGAGAGAGAGAGAGGGACGGGACAGAAGAAGUUGUCAGUCAACGCCCCCACCAGCGCCGCAUUCUUCUCUCUUCCACAACCUAAACUAUAAGUAGCUUCAGGCAUCAUCCAUUUGAGAGUUCUGGUCGGCCGGCGGCCGGGUAAAAUUUCUCAGAUUUCACACUCAAACCCCAAAAGAAAGGACACGCAAAAAGAAAAAAAGAAAGAAUUGGAGGAGGAGGAAAAAGAUGCAUUUGAGCGAGAACGAAGGGAUAGAGAAAAAGAGGUUUGUGGUUACGGGUGGGGCGGGAUUCGUGGGUUCCGCCCUCUGCCUUGAGCUGGUCAGGAGAGGGGCGCUCUCAGUCAAGGCCUUUGAUCUUAAUAUCCACUCUUCCUUCUCCGACCGCCUCCGCCAACAGGGAGUCCACUUGAUCCAAGGGGAUGUUACUUGCAAAGAAGAUGUGGAAAAGGCGUUGCGCGGGGUGGACUGUGUAUUCCACCUGGCCUCUUAUGGCAUGUCCGGGAAGGAAAUGCUCCAGUACGGUCGGGUGGACGAGGUGAACAUCAAUGGGACUUGCCAUGUCUUGGAUGCUUGCCUCCACCACGGGAUCGCCAGGCUUGUAUAUGUCAGCACCUACAAUGUUGUGUUUGGUGGACAAGAAAUUGUGAAUGGCAAUGAAACUCUACCUUACUUCCCCAUGGAUCACCACGUUGAUCCUUAUGGUCGUAGUAAAGCUAUUGCCGAGCAACUGGUUUUGAAGACUAAUGGCCGCCCCCUCAGGAACACAAACAAAAAUGGAAAAUGCCUGUACGCGUGUGCUGUGCGUCCUGCUGCAAUUUAUGGGCCUGGCGAAGAAAGGCACCUGCCGAGGAUUGUAAAUUUUGCCAAGUUAGGUCUGCUGCCGUUUAGAGUUGGAAAUCCAAGUGUGAAAACUGACUGGGUUUAUGUGGACAACCUUGUACUAGCCCUACUGUUAGCCAGCAUGGGACUUUUGGAUGACAUCCCUGGAAAAGAAGGAUCUCCCAUUGCUGCUGGCCAGCCUUACUUCAUAUCUGACGGUUCUCCAGUCAAUAGUUUCGAGUUCCUCCAUCCACUGCUCAAUAGUUUAGAUUAUGAACUCCCAAAGGCGUCAUUAGCUGUUCGCCAUGCUCUGCUUUUGGGGAAUUUCUUUUGGGCUUUCUACAGUUUUAUGUACCCGUGGUUGAAUCGAUCAUGGCUUCCUCAACCACUGAUGCUUCCCGCUGAAGUGUACAAGGUUGGUGUAACCCAUUACUUCUCCUUUGUGAAAGCAAAAGAGGAGCUUGGGUACAUCCCUAUGGUGAGUCCUCGCGAGGGUAUGGCAGCAACCAUCUCGUAUUGGCAAGACAAGAAGAGGAGAAAUUUGGAUGGGCCUACAAUAUAUGCAUGGCUGUUCUGUGUGAUUGGAAUGCUUUCACUAUUUGCCGCUGCUUACCUUCCAGAUUUUGGACCUACUCCCCUAGUUAGAUCUUUUAGUCUUCUGUUCCUGCGUUCUGUGACAGCAUUGAGGUUGCUUUUCCUUAUAUCGGCUGCAUUACAUGUUGGUGAAGCUAUAUAUGCUUGGAAUCUUGCGAAAAAGGUGGAUCCUGCAAACUCCAAGGGAUGGUUUUGGCAAACUUUUGCUUUGGGGUUUUUUUCUUUGCGUUUCUUGUUGAAGAGAGCCAAAAGAUAGGCAUAGAUUGAGGUGAAAGAGCUGCUGUUCCAAAGCUCGUACCAAAGCCGCUAACAGAUACGACUCAUUUAUGCCAAAUUCUUAUGCUAUGGAAAUGGUGGUUUUCCGUGUUUUUGGGUAGUUUAGCUCUCUUAAAUGCUACAUGAGCUUGGAUUUUAUUCUUCAUUUCCAACAUUUUAUUGAAUUUAAGCUAAUUCUGUAAAAUGCUAGUACAAUCGAGUCCUUGAGGUGUUGCUGGUGA